UGACAGUUUGUUUUUGUGUUGCGUGGCUGAACGAGGGGAACUGGGCACUGCAUUUAACUUAUUGAUUGGAUUUUUAAUUGUAAACUAUAAAACAAAACCAAGCUAUGGAUAAAGCACAAAAACGGCUCCACCGUGGAGAGCCUAUCAAGUUGACCGAAUUGAACAUGACACCUAUUUUGGUGGCUUUGUUUGUGGGCUUCAUAGCUGUUGCCCUCUUUGUGAUUUUUAGAAAGAAAUCUUCUGCCAGGCGUGACAUCCUCCUAAGCGGCAUCAGUGAGGCUGGUAAAAGUGCUCUUUUUAUGCAAGUGCUGUAUGACAAAUUCCCGGAGACGUUCACUUCAAUGUCGGAAAACGUUGGCAUCUACACGAAAGGAAAUUUGUCCGCCCGAUUAAUUGAUAUUCCUGGCCACUACAGAGUUAGGGAUAAAAGCUUCGAGAAGUUCAAACGGACGGCCAAGGGCAUUGCGUUUGUCGUGGAUUCGGUAACCAUUCAGAAGGAAAUACGUGAUGUUGCCGAUGCUUUGUAUUCAGUACUAACUGAUGCGGCCACUGUUACUUGUAAGGUGUGCAUAUUUUGUAAUAAGCAGGAUUCGACAACGGCCAAAGGUGUCGAAGUCAUAAAGUCUUCUUUGGAAAAGGAACUAAAUUUAGUCCGUGAUACUCGUAGUCGUAAAUUGCAGUCGACGUCGGACGAAGAAGGCAACAAGCCCAUGUAUCUAGGCAAAGCCGGUAGGGACUUUGAGUGGUCCCAUCUGCAGCAGAAUAUACAAUUCUAUGAAGGCUCAGCAAAGGAUGGGGAGUUCAGCGAAUUCACAGAAUGGAUCGACAAAUUGUUGUAAAUUAUUGACUAAGAAUAGCAUAAAUGCUAGUCGAACAGCAUUUCCUACUUCCCUAUUCCAUUUGCAAUCGAAUUCAUACCUCAAUAACAAGAGGUGCAUUUUUAUUAAAGAAAUCAAAAUCAUGCGUUGAUGUAUCAUUAGAUUUGUAGCAAAGUGGUGUUUCUUUUUUUUUUUUUUUUUUUGUUGGUUGUCAUUUUAGCAUGGUAUUGUUAUAAAACAAUUUUCAAACUUCCGUAAUUAAACAAUUUUUUGUUGAAUAAAAUUAUAAGAUUUUUAUAA